CUUCAUAUAUUCCAUAAGAAUUUGUUCUCCAGGUCGCUUUUUUAAAAGCAGCUAUGGUACUAUAAAAAGCAAGAAAGCCUCAAUUUCACUUUGGCAAUAAUUUCACAACUUCUAGAUUUCUAAUCUGCAAUGACAAGUUACAAAAAGAUUGAAGUUCUGUUGGAAGAUCACAGCUCGCAAAAAUGGUGUCUUCCCCUCAAGGAAGAUGUAUUCACAACUUUUCUUGAGAAAGGGAAUCCAGUAGCUCAUAAGAUCUUUGGCGAAGGGUCGUUGUUCAGUCCAUUGCUCUUUGGAAAGUUCUUUGAUCCUUCUGAUGCUUUUCCGCUCUGGGAAUUUGAUGCAGAUGUUCUCUUGUCAAAUCUUUAUGGCUCAAGUGAGAAAAGAACGGUUGAUUGGUUUCAAACAGAUGCAGAUUAUGUCUUGAAAGCUGAAUUACCAGAGUCCGGGAAAAAUAGCAUACAAGUUUGUGUUGAGAAAGGGGAGGUGGUGGAGAUUAGCGGCCAAUGGAGGCAGCAGCAGGAGUCCAGGACAAAAGAUUGGAGAGGCUCCAACUGGUGGGAACAUGGAUAUGUUAGAAGGAUUGAACUGCCUGAUGAUGCAGAUUGGAGGAACAUGGAAGCCUGUGUGACAGAUGAUAGACUUUUAGAGAUUAGAGUUCCCAAGAGCCCUGUAAAUUGUAUACCACCUUAACAAUACAGUACAAAUCAAGAAAAAUGUUUUCUUGCAGUUAAAUUAUUCGACGACUGAAGAUAGAGAUGUUAUGUAUACGUUUGCUGUAAAGAUAGGCUAUCAAGGAAUGUAAUUAGUUUUGCUCUUUAAAUUAAAAGAGACGUGUUUGACUUGGGAAUCAA